AUCGAUACUUCCGACAAUCAGCUGGCGCGCUGUCAAGUUUGUCUCGGAAAAGCUACGCAUGAAAAAAAUCAAAAAUUGAAGAUUAAAAAUCGAAAUUUGGCUAAUCAAGACAAAAACAUCUAGAAUUCGUCUUUUCCGAUUGAUGAAAUUUCAAUUUUCAAUCGUUGGAAUAGUAAUCUGCUGAAAUGGAUGUGAAUCUGUUGAUAUUUAUCGCAUCGACGAUCAUUGUAUUAAUUGUCAUAUGUAUCGUUUUCCUACAACGCAGAUCCAAAGGUAUCCAAGAAACACGCGUUAAUGCUCAAGAUGCUGUGGUACAAGGUCGGCCGAUAAGAAGAGCAGCUGGUGUAAGAAAUGUUAGGCAUCGUAUGCAAGGAAAUACUAAUUAUCAAUCACAUGAAGAAGACAACAGACAAGUCGACGAAGAUAAUGACGAUGCAGAUGACAAAAUAGAAUUACCAGAUCAUAAGGUAGGAACUAAAAAACGGGCAAAGCUAGCAGCUAAAGCUGAGAAAAAGCUUCAGAGAGAGGCAGCUGAACGAGAUAGAGAAGAGCGUAAAAAACGAGAUCAACUUUUACAAGAAGAGAAGGACAAGCAGGCUGAGAAAGAACGCGCGGAGGAACUGCGACUAGAGGAAACAGAGAAAAAAGCUAGAGAGGAGAAAGAGAAGAAGGAGUAUGAAGAAUAUUUAAAAAUGAAAGAAGCCUUUAACAUUGAAGAAGAAGGUUACGAACAGGAAAACAAAGAGUGUGAAGAAAACUUAUUGCAAGAAUUUCUGAUAUAUAUAAAGCAGAAUAAAGUUCUGGUCUUAGAAGACUUGGCUGCACAUUUUGGUUUAAAGACAGCUAGUGUGGUAGAAAGAAUUCAAGAAUUGCAGGCAAACGGUAAUUUGACAGGAGUAAUUGACGAUAGAGGGAAGUUUAUUUAUAUUUCGAAGGAUGAACUUCAAUCUGUUGCCAAGUUUGUACAACAACGUGGUAGAAUUAGUAUUACCGAAUUAGCUGAAAAUUCAAAUAAUUUGAUUAAUUUGACUCCUGCAAAAAGUUGUAGUGUUUCAGCUAGCUAGAGUUAUGCUAAGUUCUCUUAUUGUAUAUAUUAUUAUGCAUAAUUAUAUGAUUAAGUGAAUAUAAUUACAAUAUAUUCUAUAAUGAUCCAUCUUGAUUUAUAUUUAUAUAAAAUUUAUUAUAACAUUGUUAUCUGUAUGAAUAAAGUUCUUUUAUAUGGAUUUUAUCCUACUUA